UUCAGUUUUAGUACUCGUAGUAUUUUUUUCAGAUCUUUCCCUUCGUCACCUUCUCCCUUACCAUUCCCCACGUUUAUUGCUCGGAGAGCUCAUUUCCCCUUUUUCCAGCUUUAUUUUUCAAUUUUAUUUUUCUUUUCAAGUGGGCAGAAGAAGGUUGUAAGAUAAGGCUUGUGUGUUGGAGCAUUCUCUUGGCGGGAAAUCAAACUUGAUUGUCUUGAUUUUAGUUCCUUUUUUCUUUUUUGUUGAUUUGUUAAUAUAAAGAAGUAGUAGUAAAAGGGACGCAAGAUGGGGGUGUCGGAUAAUUCAAGGGGGUUGAUUUUGGCUAUGCUGUCGAGCUUGUUUAUUGGGACCAGCUUCAUUUUGAAGAAGAAGGGUCUCAAGCGUGCUGCUGCUGCUUCUUCUGCUACUCGUGCAGGUGUUGGAGGGUAUACUUACUUGCUUGAGCCGCUUUGGUGGACUGGCAUGAUUAUAAUGAUUGUUGGAGAAGUGGCAAAUUUUGUGGCUUAUAUUUAUGCUCCAGCUGUUAUGGUGACCCCUCUUGGUGCGCUUAGUAUAAUUGUCAGUGCUGUUUUGGCACACUUUAUCUUGAAGGAACGAUUGAGAAGAAUGGGUGUAGUGGGAUGUGUGUCAUGCGUUGUCGGAUCUGUGGUCAUCGUAAUCCAUGCACCUCAGGAGCAGACUCCAAGUUCUGUACAACAGAUCUGGAAUUUGGCUAUUCAACCAGCAUUUCUAAUUUAUGUUGCAGCUACGAUGUCAAUAGUGCUGGCACUCGUUUUGUACUUUGAGCCUCGCUAUGGGCAGUCAAACAUACUAAUUUACUUGGGAAUUUGUUCCUUAAUGGGUGCCCUUACGGUUGUCAGCAUAAAGGCUAUUGGAAUUGCAAUAAAGCUUACUCUAGAGGGCAUUAGUCAAGUUGCAUAUCCGGAGACAUGGGUUUUUCUUACAGUUGCUAUAGUAUGUGUCAUCACACAGUUAAAUUACCUUAACAAGGCACUGGAUACAUUCAAUGCAGCCCUGGUUUCUCCAAUAUAUUAUGUGAUGUUCACAACUCUGACAAUCAUUGCUAGCGCUAUAAUGUUCAAGGAUUGGUCAGGACAGGACGCAAGUAGCAUUGCUUCCGAGAUUUGUGGAUUCAUCACUGUGCUUUCUGGGACAAUCAUACUUCAUGCAACACGAGAGCAGGAAACAGCAAGUAUGGCAGGAAGCAUAACAUGGUUCAAUGGAGAUCCAAUCAAGAGCGUGGAGGAUGCGCAUUUUAUUUUGUUGCACGAUGCAGAUUACCAUGAAUGAGUAAAUUUUCAUACCUUAGCUGCAACAACAUGAUUCUUUUGCAAUGAAGGUACAUCAGCAGCUGGAUUUUUGUUUUACUUACCGGGCGAAUAUCAUUCCUGCAUAGUCUCAUCAAACAGCUGCUUGAAUCGUUGCAAAUGCCAGAUAUUCCUGGUGCUCCUCAUCCCAAGGGUGAUAAAAUGGUAUUACAGAGUCCCAAAGCUCCUAGACAUUCCCUAACUGGAGCAGAGCUUUUGCUCACGGCACAUCUUGUAAUUGAGAUUGCGGUUUGUACAUACGUGAGGUAUAAUUUUUUUCAUUUUUUUUUUUCACUUCGUGAGUUGCGAUUGUGAAUUGGUUUCCAAAUUUUGUUUGCUGAUUCACUAUUGGUUCAUGCUUGUAACGCCCUCCUUUCCUGUUGGUGCUUAUUGAGCAAAACAAUUUUGCAGAGUCGUAUUGAUUGUAUAACUUCUAUUUACUGGGCAUUUAUGGAUCAUUUGACAAA